CUAAAUGAAACUCUAAAACAAGCUUACUAUCCCCUGGACACAUCAAGUAGCUUCGCAAGUAUUCGGCUCCAACGCAAACAUCUCUCUCUCUCUGAAACCUAGAGAGACAAAUUUGUGUUGCAGAGAGGUUAUCAAAGACGACGACGACGAUUCAUUCAUAUUUCAUACCAAUAAUUAGCAUAAACAAUGGCGAAGAAGAAAGCUACGAUGACUCUCAAAGACUUCCAUGGCGGUUCCAUUCCUUCUGAUCUCUCUCUUCCCUCCGCUCCUGGCGAAACUGUGAGGCCUUUGAAUCAUGUUGGAUUUGAUCGUCAAUCUUCGUGGACAAAUCCUAUGGGAAGACAAGAUCACAGACUGCGACCAGGUUCAGCUGGUGCUGUGAGAACUUAUGAUGAUAAGACCCCAUUUCUGGCUCAGAAUGUGCAGAUUGGGCGUAACUUUGACGAAGAUGAACGAAAGCCAUUGGAUGGGGGGUCUGCCCCUCGCCGGACUGUAAGUGAUGAAAACAUUCGUGGUGGUACUGUUGUGCCUGUUCGCCUGGAGCCAAAAUCUGAUUACCCCUUGGCGGGGAAUGUACCAACUCGACCUGCAACCACCCCACUUUCUCAGUUUCCAGGUGGUAGUACGGGUGGUUCUUUUGCAGCCAGGUUUAGUGAAGCAGCUAAUGUUAGUAGUGGUGCUAGUAGGUCUUAUGUUAAAAGUGAAGUGGCAUCUUUGGGUCCAAGUAACUCAAAUGUUGGCGUUGAGAGUAAAAUAAGGGGACCGUCUCCAAAUGCAUGGGGCCCUAGGAAAGUGGCUGUUGGGAUUUCAGAGUCUGUUGCGGCUUCUUGGUCUGCUCCUGAUGCUGCAACCAAGUUAGCCCAUGCAAGUGCACUCGAGAAGGUAUCCUCAGGUCGUUGGCUUUCAAACCAACAUAAACAGAUAGAUGUAGAGGUCAUCAGACAUCCUGAGCCUGAAGCUAAAAUACAAUCUAAAGGAAAUACACACUCCACAGAUGUUCCUGGUGGCAGGAGUUCAAGCAUAAAUGACAGGCUGCCGAUGGCUAGAACUUCUACACAGUCGGAUGGUGUUCAACUUCAGCCACCUCAUGGUGGGGUAACACUUGGUGGACCAGAGUCGACUGAGCGGCCCAAGUUGAGGUUACUUCCGAGGUCUAAACCAGUUGAUAGUAUUGAACCACUUGUAGCUUAUAAGCAGACUAUGCCACAGUCAGGGGAGUUAGUUACUAGAAGUGACACUUAUGGAAAUGUGAAUUCUUCGGUACAUAACUUAGCUGGACCAGACGACGCCCAUCAGGCAUCUGAGCGACCAAGAGUGAACUUAAAGCCGCGGCUACAGUCCCUUGAACAAAUUGAAAGAAGUACCGAAAGAGAAAGGAAUGCCGUAUUUGGUGGUGCUCGCCCACGGGAAUUGGUUUUGAAGGAGCGGGGGGUCGAUGAUGUUGCUGUUACUCGAGACAUGAUCCACUCUCCUAAUAGGAUGAAAAAGGACGUUAAUAGGGCAGAGAACCCGCCCAUGAACCCAACGGUUACCUCACGUCAAAACGGGAAAUCUGAACCAUUUGAUCAUCAUAGAACCGGAAAGACCGUUGACAAGCGAGAUGCAGAAAAAUCAGAUGCUCAAAGGAGAAGCAACUGGAGAAACGACAACCGCAAGAGCAGCAGGGACCUCGAACAGCAACAGGAAAGACCGCCUUCACCGGAAACCUGGCGCAAACCUGUGGACCCUGAACCAUCAGCUGGACCUCGUUAUGGAAAAGCAGCUUCAGCAGUUGAGCUGGCCCAAGCCUUCUCGAAAUCAGUCUCUGAUCCAAAGGUAGUAGCCACCGAUCGUUUUUCUAGCCAGAGAGGUCUUCCCGGGCAGACACAGAUCCCAUUUUCUCGGCUAACCAGCCAACCCGCCACUAGAUCUCAUAUCAAUGGACACUGAGUGUCAUACAAUGUUUUAUUCUUGAAUCUACACCAUUGAAGCUUCAUUCAUGUUGUCUUCUGUUUAAUUGGUGGUUAUGGGUUUAACCAUGGUGCCUAGAGAUGCUCAAAAGGACUUGACCAGGGCCAGGCCUAAACGGGUUUGGUUUUUUUAAGUUGACUCGGGGUCCUGAUUUACAAUACAACCACCUUUUAGAUAUCAUAUUGAACAAUUGUUUUUAUUUCUGUCAGGUUUGUUUAGAUGAACCAAACCUAACGACGACGUUGGUGUGGCUGAUGAGCCACGAUCGUUAGUGCCAUAGCGAGCAACCUGUGUUAUGGGUGUUUUAAGGCUUGGUUUGGUUGGUUUA